AUGUCCCUUCUCAUCCCUCGUACGGCCGACAUUCGCUCCAUCACCACCCGCUUCGACUUCCCCUCCGACGGCCUGCACACACUCUGGCCUCUCUUCACCCAAGAUCUUCCCAAAUGCGAGACCAUCGACAUAUGUCCGUCGUGGGAGCACGUUCGGGGCCAACUAGACGCUGGUCUAGAGGAGUACGUCUCUAACAUCAGCCUUUCGGACGAGCGGCUUCCACAGCUGCACCGGAUCCGCUGUUAUGGCAUCGCUCUCCCAGCCGCUCCCGCAUUCUGGGGCAGACUCUCCUCACUCGAGCUCGUGUUGUCCUUUCAAAAUGAACAGGAAGCGGUCGGGGUUGCAGUGGAUUUGGUGUCGUGCAUCAGACACUGCGCGGUCCUUCGACGAUUACGCGUCGCGGAUCCCAUUAUUCUCCUCACAGUGCCGCGGGUAAGCUCUGGGAUCCCGGAGGUUACACCGGCAAGAUGCCGGUUACCGAUCCACCUUCCGUUUCUCGAAGAGCUCUUUGUCGACUCGACACAAUCCCUUUUUGUCGUCUUCCUUCUCGCAAGUACCCGCGGGGGCGACCGCCUCGCCAAGGUCAACAUCCGAUCGUGGAUGAAACCUGUCAAUGUUUCCGGCAUUGUCCACAACCUGAUCCCCAUCGGCGUGCGUCAAUGCACGCUCCCCCGCCUCAAGACGAUGGUCAUGACCGCGAACGACGUGGGCACGGGCCUCCACACACUCGGUUUCUGGAGCUCCGUGCCCGUGCCCGAGUCCCUCUCACUCAUGCGGCUCCAUGAGGACGAGGCGCACCACAGAGAAGAUCCCAACGAGUUCAGCUUUAUCCUCCGCUUCGUCGACCCCGCCGGCCACAGCACGGACUCCGUCGCGAUCCUCUGCGACACCUUCGCCUCCUGCCCGCUGCGCGAGCUCACGCUCUCCGACCGCCCGCACCCGCACGACCGCGCGCGCUGGGCCCGCGUCUUCACGACCUUCCGCGAGCUCCGCGCGCUCCGCCUUCUGCACCUGCGCACCGCCGAAGUCGUCCUCCUGGCGCUCGCCGCGCUGACGACGUACUCCGCCAUGAACCGCGGGCUGUCGCACCCGUGCGCCCAGGCGCUCCAGACGCUGUCCAUCUUCGGGACGAUGCGCUCCUCGCUCGUGACGCAGCGCGCGCUCCGCGCGCUCGUGCUCACGAAACAGUCAGAGCAGUUCGUCAGUGUCUUGAUGGCGUGUGAAAUCGGACAGGAAUUAAUGGGGAUAAAAUAA